CCAGGAGCUCUCCUUGAAGAAAGGCAGGAAACUUAGCAACAAGGUGGAGGGAAAUUUGAAGCGUGAAUAUAAAAAAUGCCUGGAAAUGUAGAAAUUAAAGCAAAAUUACAUGAUGUGGAGGGAGUUAAAAAAAUCUCUGCGGAAUUGAGUCAAUCUCCUGGUGAAACUCUUGUCCAAGAAGAUGUAUUCUUCUUCUCACCGAAUGGUCGCCUAAAGCUAAGAACUAUCAAGGAUGUUCAGUCAGAACUCAUUUUCUAUGACCGACCCGACAAGCUUGGACCCAAGUUCAGUGACUACAGCAAAACUGAUGUGGUGAACCCGGAAUCUCUCAAGGAAACUUUACGUCAGGCCAUGGGCAUUAAAGGUGUGGUGAAAAAAGUGCGUAAACUCUACAUGGUUGGACAGACACGAGUACAUGUGGACCAUGUUGAGGGGCUUGGAGAUUUUAUGGAACUGGAGGUGAUGAUGGAGGAGGGUCAGACAGCAGAGGAAGGACAGAAGAUAGCAGAGAAUCUGAUGGAUAAACUCGGUGUAAAACAAUCGGACCUGUUAUCUGGAGCUUACAUGGACAUGAUACUCCAGAAAUCAGAUGCAGCUUGAAAUGCUUAUAUUAGACUGAAUCUCCAUUUUAGAGGGAAUAUUUUUACACAGGCUACUGUUUCAUUACAAAGUAUACUUAAGGGGAAACAUGGAAAUUGUAAAAUGCUGAAGAAGAAAACCACUAAAAUACAUUAACAUUAAAUAUAUUUACAAUGUAAGGGAAACAAAAUUGGUGAGGCCUGGACUAUAAAUGUUGUGAUUAAGUUGGUCAGGUGACUAAGUGGUUAGCAUACUUUCUUCAACGAGAUUUAGGUCCACGAAUCACUGAUCAGAUUUGAAAUUGAGGGAUUAAGUGAAUGAACAUGUCAUUCUUUUGGUUUUGUCCUACAACAUGUGCCAUGAGUGAUUACCAGUUAUUAUCCCCUGAGAGGGAUAUCAAAAUGGACAAUAUCUUUACAAGUGUAUGUUUCUGGGCAAGUUUUAUUUUUUGUUCCACAGCAGCAAAAACUCCAAAACUAUUCAAGAAAAUUUAAUAAAACUUUGUACACUAUCAGGCUAGUGCAUAAGUGUAUCUUUUGAUAAUAUGCUGGUCUUAUUUUAUAUUUUUUUUCUCGAAAAAUGGAAACAAAUAGUAAAAUAUACAAAAUUCCAGCCUAUAGUUCCAACCUAUUCUAGACUACAAUUUAAAAAUUCCUGAAAUUGAUACAAAACUUUGUACAUGAUAUAUGGCAAUAUGGAAGCUUUUUUAUUUAUUUUCUUUUGCUAUUACCAUGGAAACAGUCAGUUUGCAAUGGUGAUAUGAAAACAUCAUUUAGAGAAAGACAAAAAAUCAACACAGGGAAAUGCCUGAAAGCGUUAUUGAAUCCAAAUAUCAAUUCUUAAGAUAAUGUUAAUCUAUGUAUCAAUUUUAUUUUGAUAUACUUGCCAACAUCUGUGUAAGAUUAAUCUUUUCUGUGGCAUUUGCCCACAGUACAUAAUGAUGUGUUUAUUUGAUAAUAUUCAUUGUACAUUACAACAAUGAAAAUCUUUUUAUCUUUGUCACUUUUUAAUGCUUUUUGGGUGCAUAAUGGGAGUGUCCAAUUGCAAAUUUUUAGCUUCUGUUGUGACUUAAUCACAGGUUAACAAAUUUUCAUAAAUGUUUAUUCUGAUACAAAAUGUGAAUUCCUGCUUGUAAAUUUUGUUUGUACAUUUAUGGUGCUAAAGUGAAUGCUAAUCUUUGUUAGAUUUUGAUACUCUUUGAGACUUUUGAUAUUUAUUUGUGAUACCAUUGUCUUAGCACAGUUUAUAAUUCAAGCAAUGUGAAUUUGUUAUUACACUAUCCUUUUAUAUAUUUCUCUGUACAAUUUUAUGUAUUUUUCUGUACCACAAAUUUUUUCUCCUGAGCAACAAUCUUGAUCACAGAUUGGUUCCUUCACCAUCAUCAUAUUAAUAGAAAAAAGAUAUGUAUACAUAUAUGCAAGUGUAUAUCAAUGAACUGCAUUCUAUCAAUGUUUUAAAUGUUUCUGUUAAUUUCAAUCACAAAACUACUCAAAUAUCAUACAAUAAUCAUUGUGGUUGUCUGAAGUAAUGUUGCUGGAGUCUGCGUUCUAGGAAUGCAUACUUUGUAUUUACAAGUUUGGAGCUUUAAGGCUAAUUAUACAAUAAUACAUUUUUAGCUACAUUACCUUACAGGUAUUGAGUACAUAUCCUUGACUCUAAUAAAUAAAACAAAAAGCCCAGUAGUGCUUGAAUACCUA